CCUCUACUCGCCGGACAUCAGCACUCAUCAGCGGCCAUGGCCCGGAGGUUCUUCGUGGGAGGAAACUGGAAGAUGAACGGCGACAAGGAGAGUUUAGAGGCGCUCAUCGGCAGCCUGAAUGCCGCCAGCCUGCACGACGACACCGAGGUGGUUUGCGCGGCCCCUUCCGUCUACCUGAACUUUGUUCGCUCCCAUCUGGACCCCCGCGUCAGCGUUGCGGCCCAGAACUGCUACAAGGUGGCCAAGGGAGCGUUUACAGGGGAGAUCAGCCCGGCCAUGAUCAAGGACUGCGGUGCUGACUGGGUACUUCUGGGACACUCAUCAUUGAAAUUCACUUAAGAACAAGCAGGUGUUUAAUACAAGAACCUUAGAGAACAUGUAUGUAAUGAGGUCAAGUGCGGUGGUCUGGUUUCCGAGCCAAAUGUUCUGCGCGUGUUGCAGGUGGCUCACGCUCUGCAGAGUGGCCUCUGCAUGAUCGCAUGCAUCGGGGAGACGCUGGAGGAGCGCGAGGGCGGCACCACCGAAGACGUCGUGUACGCUCAGACGCAGACCAUCGCAGACAAUGUGACGAACUGGGCCAAAGUGGUUUUAGCCUAUGAGCCCGUGUGGGCCAUCGGCACGGGCAGGACGGCCUCACCUGAGCAGGCUCAGGAGGUCCACGAGAAGCUCAGGGCGUGGCUCAGAGCCAACGUGGCAGAGGAUGUAACCGACGCGGUGCGCAUCAUCUACGGAGGUUCCGUCACGGCAGCCAACAGCAGAGAGUUGGCGUCUCAGGAGGAUGUGGACGGCUUCCUGGUGGGCGGCGCCUCGCUGAAGCCGGAGUUUGUUGACAUCGUCAACGCGCGCGCUUGAGAGAAACGAGACCUUCGCCAAGGCUCAAGUUUAUGGAGGGCUCCUUAAGAGGCGCUCGAUAGGCUCCUUUUUACAGCCCCUUCCUUAAUGAACGUGUUAGAAAUGUUUAAGUACCUUAUUUUUCGGACUAUAAGUCGCAGUUUUAUGUGUGAAACUUAUGUGUGAAAUUAUUAACACAUUACUGUAAAAUAUCAAAUAACAUUAUUUAGCUUAUUCACGUAAGAGACUAGACGUAUAAGAUUUCAUGGGAUUUAGCGAUUAGGAGUGACAGAUUGUUUGGUAAACGUAUAGCAUGUUCUAUAUGUUAUAGUUAUUUGAAUGACUCUUACCAUAAUAUGUUACGUUAACAUACCAGGCACGUUCUCAGUUGGUCAUUUAUGCGUCAUAUAACGUACACUUAUUCAGCCUGUUGUUCACUAUUCUUUAUUUAUUUUAAAUUGCCUUUCAAAUGUCUAUUCUUGGUGUUGGGUUUUAUCAAAUACAUUUCCCCCAAAAAUGCGACUUAUACUCCAGUGCGACUUACAUGUGUUUUUUUUCCUUCUUAAUAUGCAUUUUCGGCAGGUGCGACUUAUACUCCGGUGCGACUUAUACUCCGAAAAAUACGGUAAAUCACUACACAUUGAUGUAAUUACACUGCAUUUAGCUACAAAGACUGAUCGCGAUGCUAUUUUGUCAUUAAGGACAUAAAAGUGGAGAAAAAGAAGAUUUGUUCAUUAUUAGUGCUUUACGUCACCAACGUCCACUAGCCCAGGGGUGUCCAAAACUUUUUUAUUGAAAUAUUUUAAAGUUUUGUUUUUUAAAAAGCUUUAUUUUUUUUAAUUUUGGGGGUUUAUUUUAACAAUGUGUCACUGUCCAAUGAAUAAAAUAAUCGUAGGCUGUAAACAGCCUCAUUGGGGGCCACACUUUGGACACCCGGGAUGUGGAAGAACACAGGAAGGCGAGAGUGAAAUUGCAAAUUGUUUAUUUCACACAUUUUAAUUGAUACAAGUCCUCCUUUUUUUGGAUUUUUUUUGUUUUUUAAAUCUCUUCUCGGACAUUCAGCACAAAGCAAAGAACAAAGUUGUUUAUUUACGAGGAAGAGGAGUGUGCAUGUUGGCUUCCUUGUCUUGUCCACAUCUUUAAGAAGCAUCUUUUCAAAUGAACUAAUAACAGUGCAUGUCUGGCUUUUUAACUCCCCCUGUGUGUGCGUGUGAGCGCGUGUGCGUGCGUGUGCCCGUGCGUGCGUGUGCCCGUGCGUGUGUGUGUGUGUGUGUGUGUGCAUGUGUGUGUGUGUGUGUGUGUGUGUGUGUGUGUGUGUGUGUGUGUGUGUGUGAGAGAGAGAGA